CUGUCCCGGUUCUGUCCCCGUCCCGGUCCCGCUCGUGUUCCGGUUGUGUCCCGGUUCUGUCCCGGUCGUGUCCCGGUCCCGGUGCCGGGAUGCGCCGCUGGGCCCGGUGCCCGCUGGUUGAGGACAGCUUCAGCCGCCUGGGCUCGCAGAGCAACGUGUACGGGCUGGCGGCGCUGCCGGGCCCGCCCGGUACCGGCACCGGCACCGGCACCGGCACCGGCCCGGCCCGGCCUCCCGGGGCCGCUUCGGGCUCCGCUCGGGGCCCCGCUCCCGGUUCUGGCCCCGUUCCCGGUUCUGGCCCCGUUCGGGGUCCCGGUGCCGCUCCCGUUCCCUGUCCCGGUUCUGUCCCGGUCCGGUGUCCCGUUCCCGGUUCUGUCCCGGUUCCCGCUCCCGGUGCCGAUCCUGUCCCGGUCCGGGAUCCUGGAGCCGCUCCCGGUUCUGGCCCGGCUCAGGAUCCCGGUUCUGCUCCCGCUCCCGGUCCUGUCCCGGUUCCCGCUCCCGGUUCCAUUCCCGCUCCUGUCCCGGUCCCUGACCCAGUCCCGGUGCCCGUUCCUGUCCCGGUUCCCGCUCCCGCUGCUGUUCCCGGUUCUGACGCGGUUCCUGCCCCGGUUCCCGGUUCCGUUCCCGGUCCUGUCCCGGUUCCUGCCCCGGUCCCGGUGCCGGUUCCCGGCGGCCCCGGGGCGCUGCUGGCGGCCGCUCCCGUUCCCGGUUCCGUUCCCGCUCCCGUUCCCGGUCCUGCCCCGGUUCCUGACGCGGUUCCCGGUCCUGUCCCGGUUCCCGGUCCUGUCCCGGUUCCCGGUGCUCCCGGUGCUCCCGGUGCUCCCGGGGCGCUGCUGGCGGCCGCUCUCAAGGGGAAGGUUUUGCUGUUCCGGUACCGGCAGCUGCGGCCCCGCCUGCGGCCGCUGGCCCGGGAGCUGCAGUUCACCUACAUCCCCGUGGACGCCGAGAUCGUUUCCAUCGAUUCCUUCCCCAAAUCCCCCCCCCAGCGCGGCCUCGUGGUGGGGAUCACCUUCAUCAAGGACUCGGGGGACAAGCCCAGCCCCUUCCUCAACAUCUACUGCGACUACGAGCCGGGCUGCGAGUUCGACCUCGACUCCGUGGCCCAGAGCUGCCUGAACCUGGAGCUUCGCUUCACCCCCUUCCAGCUGUGCCACGCCCAGGUCCGUGUGGGGGAGCACCUGGAGACCGUGUUCCUGCUGAGCGGGAACGACCCCGCCAUCCACCUGUACAGAGAGAACCCCGGCUCUCACCAGUUCGAGGAGCAGCCGAUCCAGCUGCUCUUCCCGGAGCUCCAGGACGUUCCCAGCACGGUGCUCUGGCUCGACGUCCGCUCCCUGCCCGGCUCCGGCCAUCGCCUCUCGGCGCUCGGCUGCCAGAGCGGCUUCGUGCGGGCGGCGCGCGUGGACGAGGCCUCGGGCGCGGUGCUGCAGAGCUGGAGCGCGCAGCAGGACGGGCCCAUCUCGGCCGUGCUGCUCUUCCCGCUGCCCGCAGGGGGCGCCGAGGAUCCCGAGGAUUCCUGGAGCCUCCUGGUGAGCAGCACCCUGGAGGCGGCCGUGGUUUAUCGGCGCCUCCUGCGGCGGGGCCUGGCCGAGCCCCUGGAGCUGCCCGGGAGCCGCGGCUCCGACGCCGUCGUCUGCGCCAAAGUCACCGACGUCGACUUCGACGGCGCCGCCGAGAUCCUGCUGGGCACCUACGGCCAGGAGCUGCUGUGUUACAAAUAUUCCGGGGCGGAUUCGGGCGAUUUUGGCCAAUUCCGGCCGCUCUGGGCGCGGCGCUUCCCCUCCCCCCUGCUGGCGCUGGAGCCGCUCGACCUGACGGGGGAUGGGCUGCAGGAGCUGGCCGUGGUCUGCCUGGGGGGGCUGCACGUGCUCCAGCACAGCCUGGAGCCGACGGCGCGGCUGCUCCGGGAGCGCCUGCGGAGGGAGGUGCAGCAAAAACGGGGCCAAAACCCCGAGAAACGGGAAAAAAACGCGGAAAAACGGGAAAAAACCACGGAAAAACGGGAAAAAAAUAUGGAAAAACGGGAAAAAAAUAUGGAAAAACGGGAAAAAACGCCGGAGAAACGGGAGGGAAAAGAGGAAAUCUGGGGAGAAAACCCCGAAGAACGGGAAGAAAGCACAGAAAAAUGGGAAAAAAACACGGAAAAACGGGAAAAAAGCACGGAAAAUUGGGGAAAAACCACGGAAAAUUGGGGGAAAAACCCCGAGAGUUGGGAAAAAAACCUGGGAAAGCAGGAGAAAAACACGGAAAAAGUGGGAAAAACCGCAGAAAAACAAGAAAAAAAACCGGAAAAAUGGGAAAAGAACACAGAGAAAUGGGGGAAAACAGCGGGAAAAUGGGAAGAAAAGACGGAAAAUUGGGAAAAAAACCCGGAAAAUCGGGAAAAAUCCCGGGAAAAUCGGGAAAAAUCCCGGGAAAAUCGGGAAAAAUCCCGGGCAAGGGCCGAGGAGGAGGAAGAGGAGGAAGAGGAGAGCGGGGGGGGGGGGGCCGCGGGGCCCCUCCCCCCCCCCAAAAUCCCAAUAAAAAAAUUCCCGGGAAAAAUUCCCGAAAAUCCUUCCCUGAAAUGGGGCUGGGGGGAUUUGGGGGAUUUUUUG